AUGUUCCGUGAAUACCUAGAGAAGGGCAAGAUAUGGGUUGAUAAAAUUACUUCGGCCGUUAUGAACUACACUGAGCUUGAGAUCAAGGUUCGAGAUGCAACAAAUGAUGAACCUUGGGGUCCACAUGGCAAAAUUUUGAAUGAUCUUGCAAGAGAAACUCAUAAUGGUGAAGGCCUUUUAGAAAUUAUGAUGAUGUUGAUUAAUCGCAUAUUUCCGGAAAAUCCUAACAACUGGCGGCGUACUUAUAAGGGUCUAACCGUUCUCGCCUAUUUACUCCGAAAUGGAUCAGAUCGUGUCUAUGACAUUGCCCGUGAUAAUUUUUAUAAUCUCCGUUCUUUGGAAAAUUAUGAGUGCAUAGAUGAACGUGGUCGUGAUCAGGGUGCUUCAGUUCGUAUUAAAGCACAUGAGGUAGUGGAGCUUCUACAAGAUCCUGAGUUUCUUCAAUCUGAAAGACGGAAGGCUCUCUCAAGUCAGAAAUCUUACGACGGUAUCGGAAACAAUAAAAUUUUGAGUGGCAACAACUACUCAAGAAACUUUAGUGGGUGGGGUGAUGGCGAGGAUGAUUCUUUUCGUUAUCCAACAUGCGCUGCACCCAAGUCUGAAAUGCCCUGGAAUUCAAGAGACGGCUGUGAUUCCUCCUCAUCUUAUCGAAAUUCCACAUCUCCUUCUAACAAGUUGGGCAGUUUUGAGUCUUGGAAGGGAGCGCAUGAACGAACAUUUGUUGAUGAAGUAGCGGAUAAACUCUCGGAGGUCUGUAGAGCGGCGAAAGUUGUCACCAAUGAUCUGCUUGGCAUACCUCGUGUUCCGCCGCCAUCUGUUUUUGAAGAGGAUCCCCACAAGGUGUCUGAGGAUACCUUCUGCUUUCCAGAUGCAAAUGUAGAUGAAGCAGAAGAGGAAAGUGGGGGAUUCAGCUCAUUCCGACAAGCCUCUUUGCCUCCCCCUUCUACUGCUGCUAAAUUCAAGAGCCCUUCUUCGAAACUGCCUACGUCGGACAAUCCGCCUUCCCUUCCUGCACCUGUAUCUCUUAUUGAUCUUGAUGAGCCUACAAAUAAGCUUGCCUUUGAGAGCCCUUCAAGACUUCCGCGUCCGCCAUCAAUCGAGAACCUUGCAACUACACUGAAAAAUGCCAAAGGUGCAGAAAAUGUUGACUUUUUUGCCGAAAUUGACAGGCAGCAUUCAAAACCAGCUGCCGCUUCUACAGAUCUUUUUGCCAACUUCAAAGCAACUUUUCCUGCUCCAGUAUCUUCCUCACCUUCAGGAUCCCGUGCUGUCAGUGGAAUUGUUAAUCUCCCCGAUAAUGCAGAUUUUGGCGAUUUUUCAAGCUUUAGAAUACCACCAGAGGGAGGUAAAUCCUCUACGAACAAUGGCAAACAUAUCGAUACUUCUGACGAUCCAUUCUUCAGCGCCUUUUCCUCUCCAUCUACAACUCUAACUUCUCCAACCUCAACGAUGCCUCUUGCUACCUCAGUGACUAUGCCAAAGCAGCAGACUUCCAAUGCUGCACCUAUUCCCACGUUCACCAACUCGAAAAUGGAGUCAAAAGUUCCCUUAAAUGUUGGAAAAACAUGGAGUGAUUUGGGAGCUAUCAAUAUUGAUCUUGAUCUUAAAGCAUCCAACAAUACCAACGUCCAAAAACCCGCUUCACCGAGUCUUAGUCAACUUCGAAGUCAGAAACAAAAUCUCCUGGCCUCUCAGCCAAUGCAGCAAACAAAGACCAUACCAGAUAGCGUAAUCGGAAGCAAGACAAAAUUGAAUAGCGCAGCCGAACACGAUUUCGCGGAUUUUGCCUCUUUCAAAUAA